AUGGGUCCAGGCCCCGUGGAGUAAGCGUCACGGGCCGCUGCACAUGGCGGCGGCCGCCGGGAAGUUUAAGGCGUGCAAGUACCUGAUCAAGGAUCUCGGGCUCGAUGUCAACGCGACUGGCACUGAUGGUGCGACACCACUAGUUUUCGCAAUACAUGGUAGUGGAUCUUUAGCUGUUGUGAGGCUUCUUCUCGAUCAUGAUGCUAAUCCUAACAGAGCAGACAUCUAUGGGAGUUAUCCUCUACACAUUGCAGCGAUUAGAGGUUCUCUUUAUCCUUGAAUAUGCAAAUUUCGGACUUCCUUUUGCUGUUCUUCGAGCUUUACUAUCAUGCCAAAUGUGUUUUGUCUCUUAUGUAAGGUAAAUUUCAGGACUUAGGUUUAUUAUUGCCUAAUGCCUAUUGGACAUACA